AUGCCCUAUGGCCAGGCCACUCCAGGAAGACAGGGUGAUGACUUGGAUGAAUACUAUGAGGCGCUACCGUCUCAAUGGUCCUGUGUUGAAACGUCUCCAUAUUUAGCAAUGAACCAUCCGAACUCUACCACAGCAGCUGCAUAUCCGUCCGCCGCUAUCUUAACACCAAUCAGUCUCCCAGACAGCUCCUUUAUCCAUGCAAGACCGAGCCCGGUUGUCAGUCAUCGUUCGCAAGAAUAUCAGUACAACAUAUCUGAAACGGUCCCGCAGCAUGGGCUUGGGAUCACGGCACCGUUUCCAAGUAAUUUCCCCCGAACAGUAACGGCGGGUCUGGGACACGCUAUAGAUCAAUACGACUUUGGCCAUGCCGAAGCUACACUAUCCCCACAUCAACCUCCAGCGAAACGAGUUCGAAGAGGCAGCCUGAAAGCCGCAAGUUCGAGUCGUGAAACCCCAGUCUCAAUACUGCCUCAUCCUGAGGGACUCCAGCGACUAGAGCAGGAACGGCGACAAGGCCAUAUUGAUCUUCAUCCCCACCACAGGUCUCGCGCUCCCGGCCGGGGCCGGCGCGACCCGCAAGCGGAAGAAGAAGAUGCUUUUGUCGAGGGACUGCGAGAACAGAACCUGGCAUGGAAGGUCAUCCGGGAGAUGUUUCGCGAAAAGUUCAACAAAGAUGCAUCGGAAGCACGCCUACAAAUGCGGAUGCUGCGCCGGCGCAAAGAACGGCUAGCGCGGUGGGACGAGCAUGAUGUGAGUAUGUGUGUCAUGUCUCUCUCGCCUCUGAUUUGUCGUAAUUUGUUAAUAACCGACUGCUCCAGAUCCCACUUCUCAUAA